AUCUCUUAUGCUUCUUGUAAUAACUGUAUGGAAUGGAUUGAUGGACCUAUAAGAGCGACUAACCGACGCGCGGCCUGUCAUGUCUAUAUAUAACCCAGUGGUUGGAACUUGGGAUUCUAAAAUAUAGUAGCUUCAAGUACCCAAGUUGUGCCAAAUAGUAUUUAGUUAAGUAUAUACUAUUUAUUCUUAUCUCCCUUGAAAAUGAAGGCUGUUGCAGCUCUCUUGGCUCUAGUGUCAGCCGUUCAGGCUCACUACACCUUCCCGGCUCUUAUUGCGGGCAGUUCGGCUACUGACAAGUGGGAGUACGUGAGGAAGACGACCAACUACCAAAGCAAUGGGCCAGUGACCGAUGUCACAUCAGAGCAGUUCCGAUGCUACCAACUCGCUCCCGGCAAUGAGGGUGCUAAGACCAUGACCGUCGCCGCUGGCUCAACCGUAGGCUUCACGGCCGAUGCUUCCGUUUCGCACCCAGGUACCCUACAAUUCUACAUGGCCAAGGUUCCCUCAGGCCAGAAAGCGGACUCUUGGGACGGUUCGGGAGCUGUAUGGUUUAAGAUCUUCUCUCAGGGUCCCAACAUUGCGCCCUCAGGAUUGACAUGGCCAAGCCAAGGCGCCAAACAAGUUACGACUAAGAUCCCAUCAUGCAUUCCCGCGGGUGACUACCUUCUCCGUGUCGAACACAUUGCUCUUCACAGCGCUGGCUCUGUCGGUGGUGCCCAGACAUACAUCUCUUGCGCUCAACUUACUGUAACCGGCGGUGGCAGCAAGACCCCGACCAACCUCGUCUCGUUCCCUGGUGCUUACAAGGCCACUGACCCCGGCCUAUUGAUCAACAUCUACUACCCAGUCCCGACUUCUUACACUGCUCCUGGACCUGCUGUGUUCACUUGUUAAUUUAAGGAAGGUAGUCGUUGGAGAUAGGGGCUACUAGUAGAUAAUAUCGGCGGGCAGAAUCGAGUGGUAAUUAUAGGCCCAAAUAAAUAAAUAAAAAAAGCAUUCGAAAACCUAA